AUGGGCUGGCCAGUAUGUAACACCACGUUGGAGGACAUGACCAUCAGCGAAGAUCCUAUAUGGCAUGGCUACACUUUCCACCGUCUGGGCUUGUGGCUUGGGGCCAUAUUCACCAUCAUCGCGGUCCUGGUCUCCUUCCUCCUGAUAUUCCUGCAUGCGACGCACUACCUGAAACCGUGGGAACAAAGGCACAUCAUUCGCAUCCUCUUCAUGGUCCCGGUCUAUGCGGCUGUGUCGUUACUCUCCUUCUACUAUUACAACCACAGCAUCUACUUUGAAGUGAUCCGUGACUGUUACGAGGCGUUUGCGAUCGCCUCCUUCUUCAGUUUGCUCUGCGCAUACGUAGCUCCGGAUUUGCACCAGCAAAAGGUCUACUUCCGCACCAUCACACCUAGGAAAUGGGUUUGGCCCAUGAAAUAUUUUCAAAAGUGCACCGGUGGUGCUGAGAAGGGUUGGUUAAGGACGCCUAGAAGUGGUUUGACCUGGUUCAAUGUCAUCUGGGUCUCCAUCUUCCAGUACUGCUUCAUCCGAGUCUUGUUCACCAUCGUGGCCGUCAUCACCCAGGCCUUGGACAGAUACUGCCUCGAGUCUCUCAGUCCGGCAUUUUCGCAUAUCUGGAUCAUGGUAGUAGAAUCCAUGGCUGUCACUGUUGCCAUGUACUGCUUGAUCCAGUUCUAUUUUCAAAUCAAGAACGAUAUUCGACAACACAAACCGUUACUAAAAGUCGCCGCCAUCAAACUGGUGAUUUUCUUGAGUUUCUGGCAGACCAUCUGCAUCUCAUUUCUGACCAGUGCCGGCGCUGUCAAGGCGACCAACCAUAUUCAGACACCUGACAUCAAAGUGGGGAUUCCGGCGCUCCUGUUGUGCAUUGAAAUGGCAAUCUUCGCCGUCUUCCACGUCUGGGCUUUCAGUUGGAAACCUUACACGCUGGGUUCGAAAGAAUACAUGGCCGAGACAAUUGCAGGCGAAGGCGAGCGUGCAUAUAAGGGCGGUUUCUUGGGAAUCAAAGCCCUCUUUGACGCAUUCAAUGCCUGGGACAUGUUGAAGGCGACAGGUCGAGCAGCGAGAUGGUUGUUUAAGGGCCGCAAGUAUCGCCACACCGACUCGAGCUAUGACUUGACCAGAAAGGAUACGCAAGCUGGUGGAAGGGACAAUUUCGGUGCCGAAGGGCAGAAAUUGUCGUCCAACUCGAUCUUCAACACGCCCACCGGGUACACCGGUGGUGCUGGGGGCGGCGGUGGAUCCCGACCUCCGCAUUACAUCAACACAGGAGGCGCCGUCGAAGGAGGAGAAGCCGACAACUUGCUGGCCAAUAGCCAGGCCAUGCCAAUGUCGCGACCUCCAGUUGCUCGGAUGGACAGCGACAGGGGCAACGGCGGCGCUGGGCAUGAUUAUUAUGAUACAAGCGACAUUGGUCUCGCAACUUCAACAUACGAUGACGCCUCAUAUUCAAGGCAACACCAAUAUCAACAGCAUCAACAAUACCCUCCCUAUCAUUCACAGCCGCAGUACCGGCGGUAUCCCGAACCAAGCGGUGUUCAGGAGACCGGCGUAGUGACGCUAGCAACCCCUUACCCGGAAACACGACCAACUGGCCAGCCGAGUCGAGACAAUGACCACAGAGUCUCGAUGCCGUACAUUGCGCCACCUCGGAGUCCGGAUCCGCGCAGCCGACGCGAUGAUACAGCACGAGGGGGCUAUGACAGCAAUAAUGUUUUUUAA